AUGACAAAUUUGGAAAUAUUUGUAACAUCACCAGCAAGAAGAAAUGUCACCUAUAAAUGUCGCAUAACACGAGAUAAGAAAGGAGUGGAUCGUGGAAUUUAUCCAACUUAUUAUUUACAUCUUGAAAAAGAUGAGGAAAAAAGGAUUUUUCUUUUGGCUGCACGAAAACGAAAAAAAAGUACCACAGCUAAUUAUUUAAUUUCCAUUGAUCCAACUGAUUUGAAACGUUAUGGUAAUUCGUUUGUUGGAAAAGUCAGAUCAAAUGCUUUGGGUACACAAUUUACAUUAUACGAUAAUGGUGAAAAUCCAAAAAAAUCAUGGGUAAUUGGUGAUUCAGUAAGGCAAGAACUUGCAGCUGUCAUUUAUGAUACUAAUGUUCUUGGUUUCAAAGGUCCACGUAAAAUGACUGUUUUGAUUCCUGGUAUAUGUGAUGCUGAAAAUUAUCGACGUCGAGAAAUUCGUCCUUUAUUGGAACAAGAAUCUAUCCUAGAAAGGUGGAAGAGUCGAAAAGCAGAUGAUUUGAUUGCUAUGCAUAACAAAAGUCCUGUUUGGAAUGAAGAUACACAAUCAUACGUACUUAAUUUUUACGGACGUGUUACACAGCCAUCAGUAAAGAAUUUUCAAAUCAUUCAUGAUGCUGAUCCCAAAUAUAUUGUAAUGCAAUUUGGUCGAAUUGGUUACGAUGUAUUUACGAUGGAUUUUCGUUAUCCAUUAUCAGCAUUACAAGCAUUUGGUAUUGCUAUGACUAGUUUUCAUGGAAAAAUUGCCUGCGAAUAA